ACGCAAGGCAACUUCCGCUGGGCGUUGAACCAAACCAGAGCGUUUUAUUAUAAUCCAGAGCAGAGACGACAUUAACCGCCAUUAAUCAACUUCUUGAGAAGCAGUACGAUCGUCUCUCUAGACACCAUGGGUCGCCACUUUGGAGAUUUGGCCAAGAUCAGGCAUGUGAUUACCUACAGUCUGUCCCCCUUCGAGCAGAGGGCUUUCCCCAACUACUUCUCUAAAGGAAUCCCCAACGUCUGGAGACGAUUCACAUCAUCCGUCUUCAAAGUUGCUCCCCCAAUGAUCUGCAUGUACCUGACCUACACCUGGGGCAACCAUGUCCACUCAGAAGGAAAGAGGAAGGUCGCUGCCGACUACAAGAAUGAAGAGUGAAACCUUCCAUCUUGCUUUUCUUGUUUAAACCUUCACUGUAUGUUUUGUCAAUAAAGACAAUAUUUAUCACA